AUAAUUUUUUCAACUUCAGAAAAACUUAAUUCAACAUUUAUUAAUUAAAAAAAAAUAGAAAAACUAGUUACGUGUUAAAUUGAACUUCCUCACGCUGUUUAGAAAUUCAGCCAUUGAUAUUAUUGUAUUAAACAGGUUUAUUUAAUAAAUAUAACCGUAAAAAGGACGAGAAGAUGACGGAGAAGAAAUUCAACUCUAAAAUGCCAUCUGCUUCGGCCGCUGCUGUUAAUAAUAGCAAUAGUAACAACAAUGCUGCCGCUGCUAAAGCUGAGAGGGAGGAGCGUCUCCGAUCUGCUUUAAAAGCUUAUGUUCUUAAAGAACGCCAACGUAAAAAAGAAGAAGUUGAUGCGAAAGAAGAAGAGGAGCGACUGCGUAAGGAGCGCGAGGAACGGGAUCAUCAAAAUGAUGUUUCGCUUGAAAAUACACGUGAAAAAAUUGCCAAACUCGAUCAACAAAUUAAAGAUUUGCACAAUCAAAAGCAGCAAUUAUUUUUACAAUUAAAAAAAGUAUUAAAUGAAGAUGAAAACCGUAAAAAACAACAAAAGGACGAAAUGUACGCAAUGCAAGCUUUGCAAGCCCAGCAGGUGAAUGUUGCGCCGCCGCCACCGCAAGUAUUCAUACCACCCGUUCGUAUGCAGCAUCAUCAAAUACCUAUCAUACCUAAACCUGUGGCCAAUCAACCAGUUAAACGCACACGUAGUCCAUCGCCGCCAACACAUCAAACUUAUUAUAAAAAUACAAAUUAUACACAGCCGAAACACGAUGAUGGACGGCGUGGUACUGAAUAUUCUCGUGUCACAUGGAAUAAACCACCUGCACAAUAUCAAGCGUCCGGUGCAUUAUUCUAUCCCACGGCAGGGAAUGCACCGCAACCACAACCGGACGGUCGUGGUCCAGCAAUAAUUUAUCCAUAUGGCUUGCCAUUGCGACACGGUUUCCACUUGGACUUGCAGCCCACGCCUUCAGUGCCUGUUUCGAAAUCAGAUCAGGCUCCAACAAAACCUACACAAGUUUAUCAUAUUAGUUUGGAUGCACCGCCGAUUUCGCAAUCUGGUCCACCCGUAUCAGCAGUACAACAAAGUGUACAGUCGCAAAAACCACAAGUGACAAUGGAGAAAAUCUCCGAUCGUUAUCAUCCUGAUGUAAAGCAUGAAGUUCCAACUGGUCAUGGUCCACCACACCAACUGCCCGACGGUGUAGUUUAUACACCGAUGAUGCCUGGCAUGUCGCUGCAUCCAAACAUUAUGCAAAUUAGUAGCAAUCCGGGACAGAAUCCCAAAUCGGCACCAAGCAUAACACAGGGCUAUGCCACCGGCCGUGGUGCAGCUGCAGCGCAUGAGCAUAUGGCGCGACAGCCACAAAUUAUGCAGGGACAACCAGGUCAGCCGACACAGCAACAAAUAAAUUAUACACGACGUAUGUAUUGA